ACAACACAAGCAAUUUUUAGGCUGGGCAUGCAGCAGGAUUUCUUUUGUGUUUGUUCUCAGAACCUCACAAUUACUAGGUGUUGACAAUGCGGGGUGCCCACUGCCAUUCACAGAAGACACAUAAAUGGCAGCGGGUCACAGUCCAAAGCAGUCCGAGUUACAGAUCACCUCGGUGACGACGGCUUCGCAGGUGUGGAAAAAUCCGGAGACCGACCAAGCCUCCAAGAUCCAGGGAAGAUCCGCCGCAUUUUCCGGAUCAAGAAAGCAAUGCAUCUUAAUUCAAUCUCGACUCUUAAGAUGCCAGUCGUGAUGUGGAUCCUUCUUGCGCCCUUUCUUCUUGCACGAGUUGGAAGUGCCGUGGAUUUGAAGAGAAACGCUAGUCAAUGCGUUUCAAAUCGAGGCCAUGCAUACACAGAACCCGACUGUCUAUCAGUGGCAAAAGCAUACGGUUGUAAGUGGGAAAGCAAUGAAUGCGUUUGUGCAAACGGAGGGGUCUAUUCGAAGCGGAGCCACUACUGUUGGCCGCCUGAAAUCGACUCCACAACCACCACAACGACUCGGCAACCUGCAGUGCCUGCAGCUGAAGACCCCAGUGGCCCGAGCGUUUGCCGCUCCAAUAGUGGCCGGCCAUACGAUGAAGACCACUGCAAUACAACAGCCAAAGCAUAUCAUUGCGAAUGGCGCGAUGGAGCUUGUGUUUGCUCCAAUGGUGGCACGUACGCCAAGCGCUCCCACUACUGUUGGCCACCAACAGACCCCACCAGCACUACGACAACCACGACAACACCGUCAGUGACCCCUGCUGCAAAUGAAAGCACCUGUGUGAGCAACAGGGGAUUUCCCUAUGACUCGUAUGAUUGCUCAUGGGUUGCCAAAGACUACGGCUGUGUGUGGCAGGCUGGGAUGUGCACCUGUCAAAACGGUGGUGUUUUUUCCAAAACGAGCAAGAAGUGCUGGCCGCCAAGCUCGACACCGACGCCACCGCCAUGUCAGGAGUGCGGCAACUCGUCAGGAUUUCAGUGGAUCUAUUGGACGUUGACCCUGCUGCCGGUUGGAGUGUGUGUGGCCUGUCUCUUCCCCUGCACACGUCGCGGAAUGCGCCAAGGAUGCCACCGUCUCCGCCGGAGACAGCGGGCCCUUCCAGGAUCCAAUCAGCCCGUGCUGUUGAAUGUAGAGGACAACGUGGAGGUCGUCUCACAGGGUGCAUCUCACCGAUGAGUUGGUGGUCAUGUGUUGCAUCGUGAAAUUGGCAGAUGCCCGGAAUCAUGAACAGUUUCUUGCCAGUGCGCUGGACUGGUGCCAUGCAGAUCUGAAAUUGGAUCUGCCAAAAUGCGGAAUUGUGUGUUUGAUCGUUGAAGAGGGGCGCGACCCUUCCUUUCAGCACGUCCCAUCGUCCCGUUUCUUUGAGAAGGGAUCUGGUGUUCGUCCAAAAACGACACUGUACAGUGAACUCCUGCGGGAAAACUGA